AUGGCCACUGAAACUGAUUUUUCAUUACACGAAGCAUGUCGCGAAGGCGACCUUUCCAAAGUCAGAGAGCUUGUGGCUGAAGACCCCAAAGCUGUUCUUGCCAAAGAUUUGGACUCUAGGUACCCUAUCCAUUGGGCAGUUUCAUAUGAACAUGAGGAUAUUGUAGACUUCCUUCUGUCUCAUAUGCAAAAAACAGACCUGGACGAUCUAGUCGAUGAUUCCGGCUGGUCUGUAUUGCAUAUUGCAAGCUCUGUGGGUAAUUUGAACAUCCUCUCUAAAUUGAUCAACCACACCAUCAAACCCGAUGUCAAUCUAGCCACACCUCAGGGAUCAACCCCGCUACAAUUGGCUUGCUCUAAAAGACACGUUCGGAUUGUGGAAGCCCUUCUUAAAGAAGGUGCUUCCGUGAGAGAUAAGGACUCCAGAAUUCAAUUGGCAUUGCAUAGAGCUGCUAGCGUCGGAUCCAUGCCCAUAGUCGAGCUACUCUGCGAAAACAAAUCCCCAGUCAAUACCAAAGAUACCCAUGGGUGGACGCCUCUAUUCCAUGCUUUGUCAGAAGGCCAUGGGGAUGUUGCAGUGCUCCUAGCUCAGAAAUACGGCGCAGAAUAUAAGAAUCUGGAAGACAAUAACGGCAGAUCGGCUCUGCAGGUAGUAGCUGAUGAUAAGGUGAGAUCGUUUUUCCUUCAAAAUGUCAAGUGA